GAGCUUCGGUUCCUCAAUGAAUGGGGCUCAGUGUGUGAUGCAUGCUGGGAUAUGAGAGCUGCCAGUGUCCUCUGUAGACAGCUGAAUUGUGGGAUUGCUGUGUCUGUUGUGGGAUCAGACUGGUUUGGAGAGGGAAGUAGUAAAAUCUGGGCUGAUGUGUUUGAUUGUGACGGGAAUGAAACAAAACUCUCAGAAUGUUCCGUCUCUUCAUGGAGUCGAGCUGAAUGUUCUCAUAGACGAGAUGUGGGAGUCGUCUGCUCUGAGAGUGAAGCUCAUCUGAGGAACUGCAGCUCUCCACACACUCUCAACUGCAGCUCCACACAACAGCUGUCAAUCAAAAACUUUGGCCGCGGGUCCAUCAGGCUGGUGGGUUCUGGGGGAGACUGUGCAGGGAGGCUGGAGGUUUUUCACAGCGGCUCAUGGGGGACAGUGUGUGAUGACUCCUGGGAUAUUAAAGAUGCCCAUGUGGUGUGCAGACAGCUGCAGUGUGGAGUGGCCCUCAGUAACCAGCAGGUACCAGCCUGGUUUGGUCCUGGUUCUGGACCCAUAUGGCUGGAUGAGGUGGAGUGUGAGGGGAAUGAGACGUCCCUGUGGAACUGCUCUUCUCCAGGCUGGGGGAAACAUGACUGUCAACACAAGGAGGAUGUAGGAGUCGUGUGCUCAGAGUUUAAAGAGAUCAGGUUAACUGAGGGCUGUGAAGGGAAUAUGGAGGUUUUCUACAAUGGAUCCUGGGGAAAUGUGUGCUGGAACCAGAUGGACAGAGACACAGCGAGUCUGAUCUGUCAAGAGCUGAACUGUGGAAGAUCUGGUGUUGAAUCCUCUUCUACACCAAGACUGGAAUCAGCUCGUAACUGGCUGGAUGAAGUGAAAUGUCGAAAACAUGAUUCAAAUCUGUGGCAGUGUCCGUCUUUACCCUGGGGACAGAACUACUGUAAUAAUGAUGAAGUGGCCAAAAUCACCUGCUCAAAGGAGGAGAAUCCUGAGUCUCCUCGGAGUCGUCUGACAUGUUCCACCUCUCCAUCUCCUCACCAGAGACAGUGUUCAAAUCAUGUUCCUCUCAGACUGAGUGGAGGUUUGGGCCGGUGCUCUGGGAGGCUGGAGGUGUAUCAUAACGCUGUGUGGGGUUCAGUCUGUGCUGAUCUGUGGGACAUCAGCGAUGCUCAGGUGGUCUGCAGGCAGCUGGGUUGUGGAGACGCACUGAGGGCUGAUGGGAAUUCAGUCUUUGGUGCUGGUGAAGGUGUUGUGUGGCUGAACAGAGUCGAGUGCAGAGGGAAUGAGAUUCACCUGUGGGACUGUCCUCUCUCCCUGAAGAACCACACUUACUGUUCCCACAAAGAGCACGCUGGACUCACAUGUGCAGAUGUGUCAGUGUCCACUACUCCUGCCACAACAACAUCAGCUUCUCCUCCAGUUUCUCAGACAGUGCGCUCAACAUCAGUCACUCCUCCACAAACUCCUCCAGCAGCGUCUCUCUCUGUGCUUGUGGUUGUACUGGGAGUUUUGCUCUCACUGCUCUUAGUGCCACUGCUUAUACUGGUUCAGCAGAACAGAGUGAUGAGGAGAGCUCUCUCUAAGAGGAGACACAGGACGACGACUGAGGCCGUUUAUGAGGAGAUUCAUCACAGACACAAUCACUUCACUCAGAGAGGAAGUCUCAUCUCUGAAGAACUGCAUUCUGGGUAUGAAGAUGCUGAUGAGCGUCUCUCAGAAAAAGAGUUCAAGACUGCAUAUUAUGAUGAUGUCACCAAUGGCAAUGGCCUGAAAGAGGAAAUGAUGAAGGAAAUCACACCGGGAUACUAUGAUGAUGUCAUCACUGAUGGACUGAAACCAGAUCGUGAGACAGAAUACACACCUGAGAGCUAUGAUGAUGUAAUGACAAGUGGACAGAACUCUAUCAAAAAUGUGGACACACCAGAGCAUUAUGAUGAUGUCAUCAUUAAUGAACAGAUCUUUGAAGAUGUAACAGAGGGAGAUCAGGAGGAGUAUGAUGAUGUGAAGAACAGAAAUGAAGAUGAGAGAAACCUGUUGGACUAUGAUGAUGUGGAGGAGGAGUCAAGUUCGAGACGCCUGCUCCUGCAGAAUGCCCAGCUGCUCCUGAGCCAACUCCAGCUCCUGGCAGAUUUUGAGACUGUGAGGUUAGUUGGUGGGAACAGUCCCUGUGCUGGUAGAGUGGAGGUUCAUCAUGAUGGUCAGUGGGGAACAGUGUGUGAUGAUGGCUGGGAUAUGACUGAUGCUGGAGUGGUGUGUAGAGAGAUAGGAUGUGGAGAGGCUGUAGAGGCUGUGCGUAAUGCUCACUUUGGACAAGGAUCAGGACCAAUCUUGAUGGAUGCUGUGGGCUGUAGUGGAUCAGAGUCAACACUGAAGAACUGUAGAUCAAGAGGAUGGGGUGUUCAUAACUGUGAUCAUACUGAAGAUGCUGGAGUCAUUUGCACAGAUCAUAAACAACCCAGACUUUCUGAUGGGUCUCACCUGUGUUCUGGGAGAUUAGAGGUGAAUCAUGGGAACACCUGGUACACAGUGUGUGACACUGCCUUUGACCAGCAGGAUGCAGAGGUUGUGUGUAGAGAGCUGGACUGUGGGGCUCCUGUACAGGUGCUGGGAGAAGAUGCUUUUGGCAAAGGAGACGCUCAGAUGUGGACACAAGAGAUUCAGUGCAGAGGAAAUGAGUCUCAGAUUCACCUCUGUUCAAUAUCAUCAUCACACCAACACAACUGCACCAGUGACAAUAAUGUGGGCCUGAUCUGUUCUGGUUACACAGAUCUCAGACUGGUAAACGGCUCAGACUCUUGUUCUGGAAGAGUGGAGCUUCGGUUCCUCAAUGAAUGGGGCUCAACUGGUUUGGAGAGGGAAGUGGUGAAAUCUGGGCUGAUGUGUUUGAUUGUGACGGGAAUGAAACAAAACUCUCAGAAUGUUCCGUCUCUUCAUGGAGUCGAGCUGAAUGUUCUCAUAGACGAGAUGUGGGAGUCGUCUGCUCUGAUAUCAGGUCGCGGGUCCAUCAGGCUGGUGGGUUCUGGGGGAGACUGUGCAGGGAGGCUGGAGGUUUUUCACAGCGGCUCAUGGGGGACAGUGUGUGAUGACUCCUGGGAUAUUAAAGAUGCCCAUGUGGUGUGCAGACAGCUGCAGUGUGGAGUGGCCCUCAGUAACCAGCAGGUACCAGCCUGGUUUGGUCCUGGUUCUGGACCCAUAUGGCUGGAUGAGGUGGAGUGUGAGGGGAAUGAGACGUCCCUGUGGAACUGCUCUUCUCCAGGCUGGGGGAAACAUGACUGUCAACACAAGGAGGAUGUAGGAGUCGUGUGUUCAGAGUUUAAAGAGAUCAGGUUAACUGAGGGCUGUGAAGGGAAUAUGGAGGUUUUCUACAAUGGAUCCUGGGGAAAUGUGUGCUGGAACCAGAUGGACAGAGACACAGCGAGUCUGAUCUGUCAGGAGCUGAACUGUGGAAGAUCUGGUGUUGAAUCCUCUUCUACACCAAGACUGGAAUCAGCUCGUAACUGGCUGGAUGAAGUGAAAUGUCGAAAACAUGAUUCAAAUCUGUGGCAGUGUCCAUCUUUACCCUGGGGACAGAACUACUGUAAUAAUGAUGAAGUGGCCAAAAUCACCUGCUCAAAGGAGGAAAAUCCUGAGUCUCCUCGGAGUCGUCUGACAUGUUCCACCUCACCAUCUCCUCACCAGAGACAGUGUUCAAAUCAUGUUCCUCUCAGACUGAGUGGAGGUUUGGGCCGGUGCUCUGGGAGGCUGGAGGUGUAUCAUAACGCUGCGUGGGGUUCAGUCUGUGCUGAUCUGUGGGACAUCAGCGAUGCUCAGGUGGUCUGCAGGCAGCUGGGUUGUGGAGACGCACUGAGGGCUGAUGGGAAUGCAGUCUUUGGUGCUGGUGAAGGUGUUGUGUGGCUGAACAGAGUCGAGUGCAGAGGGAAUGAGAUUCACCUGUGGGACUGUCCUCUCUCCCUGAAGAACCACACUGACUGUUCUCACAAAGAGCUCGCUGGACUCACAUGUGCAGGUCACUGCAAAACACUGACCAAUAUUAGUCAUUUUAAUGCUAAUAAUCUUUGUCUAUUUGCAUGAUUUUGAAUGUGUUUGUGUGUGUUUUGCCAGAUUUGUCAGAGUCCACUACUCCUGCCACAACAACAUCAGCUUCUCCUCCAGUAUCUCAGACAGUGCGCU